AUGGCGCGACUCGUCACUCAACCUGCAUCAAAUCAACGAAGUCUGCGCAUUCCAACUGCGUCGCCAAAUCCUUCGAGUAACUCAGAUCAAGAAAACCAAGACCCACGCCAAUCGAGACAGUCGCGAGACAAGGGUCGGGCUAUGGAGUCAUCUCCGCCCGCGAGUCUACCAACGCCAACAUCAGAAAGCAACGAUGCGACGCGCAGCCAAAAGCGGAAAAGAGUAGUGGUCACAGUGCCGGAGGGAAAUGAUGAAUCGGAGAAGUUCAACAGAUAUUUUGAUCCCAAUCAAAAUCCAGACGUGAGGCGCGAUGUCAAGCGCAGAUCUCGCGCGCUCGAACGCGAGUUUCAAGAAAAUCGAGACGAGCUGUUACGGAGCCGUGGCGGCGAGGGUUUGAUAAAUACGAUCAACAACGCGAACGCAGUUUUCAAAGAAGUCAAGCAGACCAACGAUGCUACCCUCGACUCGCGCUUGCUGGUCAACAUCUCAGAUCUUGCAUUCAAGAAGAGUGCACAGCUUGUCCUAGGCGACACAAGUACCGGCAUCGACGUCGAGCUUUUUUUAUCCAAAUGCAUUACUUUCAUGCGAUCGGGUGGCUCUACGGAUGAUAAUGAACCGGCCACCCAACGGCGAAGAAAUACAGUGCGCGAGGACGACGAAGAGGAUGAUGACGAUGACGAUGAGAUCGCAAAUGAAGCUCUGGACUGGGAAUUGCUUGGUCAACAUGCCUGCUUCCCAUUCAACUCUCGUCCCGCAGCGCCCUCGUUCCUUCUAGGCCCCUUGUCAGUAGAGAAAAAGCAGCGCGCCCAGACUCAGCGCCGUGGCCGGCAGGCGAAAGACAAUGCAGGACAAGAAGCACGGCCAGAUCAGCUCUCUCGUGCUGAUUUGACGCAAUCAAACGAGAACCAACUCACAUCAAUAUGCGCCCGCAUACACACGCAGCUCAAAAAGCACUGCAAGCGGGGAGCACGAUCAGUUGAGCGGGCCGGACUCACGACACUUGAGAGCCGGGAAGCUAAAGCAUUACUCAAAGACAAUCGGAUCACCGCAACUGGUGGCCCGUCAUUGUUCGAAUAUGUCAUCAACCCGGACAGCUUCGGUCAAACUGUGGAAAAUCUAUUCUACGUAUCCUUUUUGAUCAAGGAGGGCUCAAUCGGCAUCACACCAGAUGAUGACGGGCUGCCCACACUCAACCCGACAGAGCCACGCGACAUCGAAACCCAAAGACGAGAAAAGACCAGCAAACAUCAAGCUAUCUUAUCCCUCGAUUAUGGAACAUGGCAGAGCCUAACAAAGGCAUUUGACAUCAAAGAGCCUUUAAUUCCACAUCGGGAUGACACGCAGCCUACCCAAGUUGGAUCCAGAGGUUGGUACUCAUGA